AUGAUUCACUCAUUCUACAUUUAUGACCGCCAUUGUGAAUGCAUUUAUAGCCGUGAUUAUGUCGAAGGCACAAUAAACAAGAAUAAUGAUUCUGAUACGUCCAAGUUGCUUUUCGGGAUCUUGUAUUCUUUGAAAAACAUCGCAUCGAAACUCGGUGAUUCGGAGUCAUUUUCCAACAGCAUGAAAUCGUUUGCCACCGGCGGAAUGCGAGUACAUAUGAUGGAGCUGGCUACCGGCUUGCGAUUUAUACUUGUUUCUGGCUUGGAAGUGGACAAUCUUCAAGGGGUUUUACAUGAACUUUACACAAGUCACUAUCUAAAAUGGGUAGUAUAUAAUGGGUUGAGUCCAGUAGAGAUGAAAAGUCAGAAGAUUGGAGGCAUGUUUAUUAGUGAGACGGACAAGUAUUUGCAAGCUGUUAGCUCUUCGAUGUAG